UGUCUGCUCCUUAAGACGAUAAAAUUACCCCUGGGUGAAAAGAGAAUUAUAAUAAUUGAUUACUGUGAUCGCUUGUGCGUAAGAAAGGUUUCAUAUCCAGUCCAUUAAGAAAACAACAAAAGACAGCAUUUAAGCACCAAUGCAGAAAAUGCAGUCAGGUGAACAGGACAUGAGAAACAAUAAAACUUUGACUGUAAAUGUGAAAGUUGAGCCAGCUGACAAGCAUUUUGACCAAAUUGCCAAAGUAGAUACGUCCAAAAGAGAAGCUGUCCUUGAAAACGGAGCUGGAACUUUGGCAGAUGUUCAUUUGAGUUACCAUAUGUCUUCUUACCAAAUCUGUGGAGGAAAUAACACCCAACAGGACAUGGUCAAAUGUCAGAGCUGUGGUCAGAUAUAUCUCCAUGAUGGCAGUGACGUAUCUGGUGCAGGGACACAGACUGGAGAGAAAUCAUAUAAAUGCCAAUAUUGUAGAAAUACUCUGCCUCAGCAGCAUAACAGUGACAAGACAUUAUGUGAAAAAAUAGAUUUUGGAUUGAAUGAAAGCAUUACUAUGGAUACAGGAGCAUGUGCCAACCAAGAGUAUAAAAAACAUGUCUCUACAGCUGUUAAUAAGUUAUAUUUAAAACCACAUAUCACAAACAAACCUUCUUAUCAGUGUCAAUACUGUGAGAAAAUCUUUACCCUUAAAAGUAACUGUGUGAAACACGAAAGAAUCCACACUGGGGAAAGGAGAUUCAAAUGUCGGUACUGUGACAAGACGUUUGUUGAAAAGAGAUCUUGCAUAGGUCAUGAAAUGAACCACACUGGGGAAAAGCCAUUUAAAUGCCAGUAUUGUGAGAAGGCUUUUACUCUAAAAAGCAACUGUAUCCAACAUGAAAAAACUCACACAGGGGAGAAGCCUUUUAAAUGUGAGUAUUGCAGUAAAACCUACACUGCAAAAUAUUCCCUCUUAUUACACGAAAGAACUCACACUGGAGAAAAACCGUACAAAUGCCAAUAUUGUGACAAGACAUUUGCACAGAAAGUCAUGUGUAUAAACCAUGAAAGAACUCACACUGGAGAGAAACCGUACAAAUGUCAGUACUGUGAGAAGGAGUUCUCUUGGAAAGAUAACUGUGCACGUCAUGAAAUGAUUCACUCGGAAAGAGCGACCUAUAAGUGCCAGUAUUGUGAUAAAACAUUUUACGAGAAAAGUUACUGUGUACGCCAUGAAAAGAUUAACCAUGAAGGGACAUACAUUGAAGAGAGACCACACAAAUGUCAGUACUGUGAUAAAACUUUUCCUCGCAAAAAUACAUGCAUGGUACAUGAAAGGAUCCACACUGGAGAAAAACCGUUCAAAUGUCAGUACUGUGUUAAGGCAUUUAACAUCAAAAGUACUUGUGUUAAACAUGAGAGGAUUCACACUGGUGAAAAACCAUUCCAAUGUCAGCACUGUGAAAAAGCAUUUGCUGUUAAACAAAACUGUAAAGAGCAUGAAAAAAACUGUGGCAAAAGUGACAGGCUUCAUUUUGAAAUUCAUAGCUCCCAGGAUGAAUUUAGAGAAAGUUCACCAGUUUCACAAGAGAUGCUACAUGAAUGUCCUGUGAAAUUGGAAUAUAGUGAUGAAAUACAGUGGGGAGUAACGAUGCGGGAAACCAAAGAUGUGGGGAAGUAUUGGUGUGGGGGAGUAGAGUACCAGUGCUUGCAUAAAAAUUAUUUAACAAGGGAUGUAUCUAUGCAGGGAUCUACAGCCAGUGUCCAAGCAUUAGAAUACAUGAACGAUGAUGAAAUUUACGAAAGAAUCCGCCUAACUGGGACAAGAAGAGCUGUGGAAAGGGUGGUGAAGCCCGACGGCCUCAAAGCAGCCGCCAAACUUUUGAGAUUGACUACAUUCAUGACACUUUUUACGCAAGAGUUCCAUUUCCGGUAUGCUGUUUCGAGAGUACGAUUUGACACUGUAAGCACUGACCUUCUGAACACGAGUGAUCUAAAAAAAAACAAAAAAAAACUUAAAAUGUCAUCACCUAACAUUGUGAAAGUUGAACCAUCAGUUCAGUAUAUCAACAAUACCCCUAAAAUGGAAGAACCAAAUGAAAGUCAGUCUGUGGGAGAAACUCUGGCCAACGGAGCUGGGAACUUGGAAGACGUACAGUUGGGCAUGUCGAUACCUUUGGAUAAUACUGAAGGAGCAUAUGGCCAGGAAAAACAGCACAAAUGUCAGUACUGUGAUAGAACGUUUACCUACAGAAGGAACCGUCUGCAACAUGAACGGUCCUGCAUUCUCACAAGAACACAGGAAGGGCCGAAGGUGUAUAAAUGUCAGUAUUGUGAUAGGUCAUUUUCAAAAAAAUUCUCUUGUAUUGGUCAUGAAAGACUUCACACUGGCGAGAAACCAUACAAGUGCAAGUACUGUGACAAGGCAUACACUCGCAGAAGCACAUGGUUACAGCAUGAAAAAAAUCAUGCUCCUGAUAAACCAUUCAAAUGCCAGUACUGUGAAAAAUCAUUUGGAGGAAAAAGUCAUCAUGAAAGACAUGAAUUGACUCACACUGGAGAGAAACCAUACAAAUGUCGUUUCUGUGAUGCAGGAUUUGCCCUCAAAAGCAACGUUGUUCAGCAUGAAAAAAUUCACACUGGAGAGAAAGCAUUUAAAUGCCAGUACUGUGGCAAGUCAUUUACUGCCAAAUACUCUCUUUCAAUACACCAUCGACUCCACACUGGAGAGAAACCAUACAAAUGCCAGUAUUGUGACAAAACAUUCAACCAGAAAUAUGCUCAUAAGGUGCAUGAGUUAAUCCACACUGGAGAGAAACUAUACAAAUGCCGAUACUGUAAGAAUGAAUUUGCAAAGCAAGCAAACUGCACCAGGCAUGAAGCGCUUCACACAGACACAGAAAAAGAAUUUUACCAAUGUGUGUAUUGUGAGAAAAUAUUUUUCAAAAAGGAGGACUGCAUUCUUCAUCAAUAUUCAUGUAACCCCAAAAGGUAG